AUGUCGUUCCUUCGCUUCCUCGAGCUGCGCAAUCGAUGGAUCACGAAUCCUGCACCUGGUGGCCCCUCUCUUCGACUGUCAUCGUCGGACCAGAUGGGUGCGCGACUCUCCUCGACCGACGCCAUCCUCGGCCACAAUGGAGGAAAUGGCGAUGAGGGCGAAGAGCUCUUCACCUUCGAACCAUCCUCGUUCACGUCCGUUGGCUCGCCGUCAUCGAGCCUGCUGGCCUCAUCGCCGCACGAGCACCGGCAGAUGCAGGAGUUCUUCACCCUGCUCGAGCAGAGAAAGAAGAUGCAGCUCAAGGAGCUGGCCAACCGCAAGGGCAGCCAAGAGCACGAUGACGAGAGGAGAAAGAGGAAGCCGGGCUGGGGCCAGGCCAUCGGAGUCAUCACCAGCGGAGGCGACGCUCAGGGCAUGAAUGCCGCCAGAGGCGCCAGGGUGUACGCCAUCUGCGAGGGCUACAAGGGCCUGCUCGACAACGAGAUCGUCGAAAUGACCUGGGGCGACGUCUCCGGCAUCCUCGCGCAGGGAGGCACGGUGAUUGGUACCGCGCGAUGCGAUGAGUUCAAGGAGUGGGAGGGAAUGAAGAAAGCCGUCCGCACGCUCAUCCACCACCGAAUCUCCAAGCUGGUGGUCGUCGGCGGUGACGGCUCGCUCACGGGUGCCAAUCUCCUUCGAGAGCGCUACCCGAAGCUGGUGGACGAGCUCGUGGCGGAGGGCAAGGUCAAGCGAGAGCACGCCGCCGAGCAGCUGCUCAUCAUCGGCCUCGUGGGCUCGAUUGAUAACGACAUGUGGGGCACGGACAUGACCAUCGGCGCCGACUCGGCACUGCAUCGCAUUCUCGAGGCCAUCGACGCCAUCUCGUCCACGGCGGCCUCGCACAAGCGGUCCUUCGUCGUCGAAGUCAUGGGCCGGCACUGCGGCUGGCUGGCGCUGAUGGCUGGUCUCGCGACCGGUGCCGACUACGUGCUGGUCCCCGAGUCGCCGGUGGCCAACUGGCAGCGUCACAUGUGCGAACGAAUCGAUCAGGGCCGCAGCUCCGGCAGGAGGUCGAGUAUUGUGAUUGUAGCCGAGGGCGCCAUUGACAUCGAUGGCAAACCCAUCAAAUCUGAUGACGUCAAGCGCGUUCUCGACACUGAGCUGGGCCACGAUACGCGCGUCACCAUUCUGGGCCACGUACAGCGCGGCGGCACGCCCUCGGCCUACGAUCGGAUCAUGUCCACGCGACUCGGUGCGGAAGCAGUUGACGCACUGUUCUCCGAAGACGCGGCCAACAUGGAGUCGCGUCUCAUCUGCACAUCCGGCAGCUCCAUCGUCCUCAAACCGCUCAUGGAGUGCGUCGCUCGGACCAAGGAGGUGGCGCGCUUGAUUGAGGCCAAGAAGUACAAUGAGGCUCGUGCGAUGCGAGGUCAGCAGUUCAUCGACUCCCAGGCGGCCUUCGUCACCUUCGCCCGACCCAAGCCCCACUUCCACGCUCCCUCGAACACGGCCCCGCACAUCGCUGUAAUGCACGCGGGGGCGUCGUCGCCCGGCAUGAACACGGCCGUCCGCGCCGCAGUCCGUCUGGCCCUCGAUAAAGGUUUUCGCGUGUUCGCGGUCUACGAGGGUUUCGAAGGUCUGGUGCGCGGCGACGUGCGCGAGGUCGAUUGGAUGACGGUCAACGGCUGGUCCUCCAUCGGAGGCUCCCUCCUCGGCACCUCGCGAGCGGCCCCCAAGGGCAAACCCGAGCUCCAGAAGAUCGCCGAUGUUCUUGAAAGGUUCAACAUCGACAAUCUUCUCAUUAUCGGCGGCUGGGAGGCUCUCGAGGGCGUGAUGCUGCUGGACAAGCGAAAGGAGAAGUUCCCCAAGCUGGGACUCACGAAGAUCCUGAUCCCGGCGACCAUCAGCAACAACCUGCCCGCCACCGAAUUCUCCAUCGGCUCGGACACCUCCCUCAACAACAUCCUCGAAGCCAUGGACAAGAUCAAGCAGGCACCAUGUCCACCUCCGUCUUCCCGCAUCACCGUAAUUAGCGCUAUCACUGUAGGUCGAGUGUUUGUGGUGGAGGUGAUGGGCGCCUACUGCGGUUACCUGGCCCUCAACGCCGCGCUAGGCGCCGGUGCAGAGACCGUGUACCUGCCCGAGGAGGGCAUCACCCUCGACCUCCUCAAGGACAACAGCCUCGAGCUUGUCCAACGGUUUGCGCACAAGAACAAGUCCAUGGCGGGCGGCAUGGGCCUGAUCGUCAUCAACGAGAAGGCCAACAAGGUGUACAACACCAACUUCGUGGCCUCGCUCUUUGAGGAAGAAGGCAAGGGCAGUUUCUCGGUGCGCAAGGCCGUGCUUGGCCAUCUGCAGCAGGGCGGCGAUCCCUCUCCCAUCGAUCGUAUUCGAGCCGUACGCAUGGCGGCGGAGGCCAUCGAGUUCAUCGGCCGCGCUGCCGCGACCGCCACGCCUUCCGCUCCGCAUCCCAGUGCGGUGGUCGGAGAAAUCGCGGGCGAGACGCUGACGACGCCGCUGGAGCGGGUCCUGCCCAUGAUCGACGUCGCGCGUCGUCGGCCGAUCGACCAGUGGUGGCUCUCCCUCCGCGAGUGCUUCCACCUCCUCGCCGUGCCCGAGGCCUUCAACUCCUCCACCGCCGCCACCCACUCCGCCGCCACCCAUUCCUCAUCCUCAUCGUCUUCUUGA